UGUUUAUCUCGAAGCUAGAGCAAUCCCUUUCAAGAAUUGGCGUCCUUCGAUCCGCAGAGUCGGGAAAGGUAUCGAUUAUGCGGCACAGACGUCCGAGCACGCGACACUCGAGUCCUCGUACUUGGAAGCGAUAACGUUCCCUUAUCUGCUGGCAGCGUGGACAGUUCACCUGCGCGACGCGUUUCGUACACAACGGUGACUCGAACGCUCGCUCGCGGAAUGUUACGGAAUAACGAAGUGAUCGAUAAUCGACUCGUGACUCACGGCGCUCACCUUCGAACGUUGUCAAUAAAUCGCGAGACGCGAGCGACGAUUUAGCAUUUUCUGUCUAUCAUCGGUUGAACGUGUUCGUAUGAGUUCUACAACGUACUCAUCGAGAAAGGUCCAUUGGAAUAGUUCGCGAAAUAAGGAUCCCCGUUACAAUACACUCCUGAGAGGGUGCUUGGCAACCGGAAGCACCAACAAGAACGACAGUGGCGCGCGUACAGCUGGUCGAGCUAUACAGGGUGGCAGAUGUCUUCCUCAAAUGUCGCCGUCGAACGUCAUCGGGGAUCGCGUCUGGAAAGUGUUUUACUCUCCACCGUGGAUCCUCGAGAUCAUCAACGUGGAAAACGAGGAAGACACGGGGAAAGGCGUCCGCGGUUUCUGCAGUGAUCAUCGGCGCCGCGCGUGUAACUUUCCACGAAUGUUAAAUAAAUAGUGAGUCACAAUAACCUUUCUCCGUAGCAUCAAUCAAUAAAAACAACCUUACGCGACAAGUCGUAUGUAACCGGGGAUAAUUUAUAACUACUGACGGCUCGAUAAAUAAAUUUCUAAAUAUACCCUCGUCGUGCACCACGGAUUUGAAGUUUCGUCGAGGAAGUAAAGUUUCGCAAAGUAGACGAUCGAGUCGUUCUAUUGCGUAACGGAAUGAGUAACUGAUUAUUCAUUGCGAACGUUUUUGCAAGAUCGCCGUUAACGAAAGCAGUAGCCAACGAUGGCGUACAGAACACAACAAACGCCGGACGAGCAUGAGCUCGAGACUUUGGCGAUGGCUGAACUGUCAAGGCUAAAGAGACAGUACAGGAUAAUGGAGAAUGACCGGGCAACCUGUGCAGAGGAUGCUAGGCUGCAGCUUCGCAGCCAGAUGAACAUGAUCAAUCAUUUGGAGGGCGAAAAGGCGGAGCUCGUGCUUCGUAUCAAGACUGCGAACUCGAAAACGUUCCUACGCGAGGAUCAGAAGAUGGAAGGGAAGCUGAAGUGCCUUUUAAAACUCCAGGCGAGCUACACUGAUAUGAUAAAAACUGAGCAAGAAGAAACAGCGGAGCUCGAUAAACAAAUCGACAAGCUUACGAAAGAAGUGACGAGCUUGAAAAUGAAGGUUCGAACGGACGCACAGCUGAGAGACAUUGCUGAAAAACAACAAAAGACGAUCACGAUGUUGGAGAAUCGCUUGGACGUAACUACGAAGAGAUUCAACGUUAUAAUCGCUAAAAAUGCAGAGAUACGGAACGAGAUUGAAGCGUUGCUAAAGGAGAGAUCGCAGUUUACGGCGCUCUGGAAGAAAUCGAUUAAUCACUUAAACACUAGGAAACAAAUAAUCAAUGAUUUAAUCGAGCAAGCUACCAUCGCGUUUAAUCAGAGGGACGAGGAGUUGAACACGAUUCAAGCUCUUCGCGAGAGGGGAAUGAGAGAUUUGAAGACCCACGUCUCGGAGAUGUGCGAGCUUCAAAGAACGCUGGACAAUGAGAUGAAACUGCAGGAGUUCCUCGGUGUAAAGGGGCAGCAUCGUGAAAUGGUGGAUCUAAAUGCCAAACGUGCAGCUGAGAAGAAGGCGAAGAUGGAAGAGAAACAAAGCAUGAUCGCGAAUUACAAACAAAUUCUGCAGACGAUCAAAGAAUUCACUGGCGAACAAGAAAUCGACAAGCUAACGGCACACUUCAUCAAGCAAGAAGAGGAAAACUUCGCUUUAUUCAGUUACGUGAACGAAUUGAACGACGAGCUGGAAAGUCUGCAGGCGAGAAUGGUCCAGCUAACGGCGGCGAUACAGGAGGCAAAUAUGUUGAACGAGAACCAAAGCAAGGAGCAGACCGAAACACUGGAAAAACUGAAGAAAGAGCUCGAAGACGAGACAGCUCUCGCCGACGCGGCUGAGGAAAGAGUGACACAGUGCGACGACAUAUUGGAGAAACUAUUGAAAGGGAUCGAUUCCUUGUUCAAAGCGAUACGGUGCGACAAUUCACCGAUUUUAGAACUGCUGGGCGACAACGAUCAGAUAAUGAUGAGUAACGUGAUGCUGUACCUGGGAAUCAUUGAGAAACGUAUCACGCAAAUGUUCCACAAGGUCCAUUGGGUAGACAGGGCCACCAAAUCUCAGCUACUCCGUCUUGACGAAGACAAACGACCGCGAUUAAGAGUCCCCACUAUUAAACACAUUGCUCCCACUCAACCCUGCGCCUUAUGCGUUGAAAAAGAAGAAUUACAGAUCGUGUCCGAAGGCUUAGAGCAGCCAUUAACACGCGACGAAGCCACUCAAAAGUUGAAACAAAGACUCCAGGAAGACUACUCGGACCUGCUGCAUAACAUAUCUGGUUGUCACUUACCGGCAGCCAGAAAAAUCAUACAAAGGAGAUAUCAAUGAUAUAAUGAAAGGAUAUGCCAGUCAACUUCUACAUAAUCACUACAAUUUACAGAAUAAGCGAUUCCAUCCUCAACGUAAUUCCCCGCGAACUAUAAUGCAAAUAAUAAAACCAAUUUCGCGCGAAUGCUGAUGGAUUCAUCCGACGUCAAGCUGUAAUUUAUCUACAAACUGUCUUUUAAUUUAUUCUUAAAACAGUAACCGUGUAUUUGUUAGUAUAUAUUUCAUUUGCGAUAAAAGUAUGUAUUUAUGUAAAAAAAGAGCAGUUUAAAUGAGUAUUUUAAGGAUGAUCGUCCAUCUUCGCUGCUCGUUUCUUCGCGACCUUGAUGAUUCGUUUUAAUUCGAGGAUAGUGCGUUUUAUGUGCUCGAGCUGUUGCUCCGUGUCAUCUUUGCCAACAGUGAUGGGAACAUCCUUUCUCUUACAUGUCUGCUGAUACAAAUUCCAGCAGCAGGUUUUUACCUGCGUGUACUUCAAAUUCAUCUCCGUGGUGCUUGCCUUUAUCCUCGAUAGGAUCGUCUCCCAUUUCAGGGCUUUCGCCUCUGCCUUGUCGCGUCUCGCUUGUAGUUGUGCCAACUUAUUGUUCAGACCCAUGAAUUUCUGUGCCUUUGUUUCCGUCAUAUGAUACUGAAACGGGACAAGAAUUCGUCUCACUGUACAAGAAGCGACAAAUAAACUUUAUAGAAUUUUACUUCAAUAUAAAAGAAAAACGUUUACUAUUUCUGUCCCCGUCUCCUCUAACGCUUGAAGAUUCUUAUCUUGAUGCACGGACAAGAUCGACCUGGCCUCGAUCAAAGUUUCGUAACGAUUGAAUAUCUCAGAGAUCGAGUGAAACUCUCCUGUCUCGUUAAUCACUCUCUCUAAA